AUGGAGAGCAGCGAAGUGGGCUCUCUGUUCAAUCUAUCGAAGGGUACAGGAAAACUGUCGAUUUCAAUGUGGCUCAAGGUGACAGCUGGCGGAGGUGGUUUGAUACCAAUUCUUGACAUAGUCGGACGCCCCGUUGUGGAUGGUAGCACUGUGAAUGGUGAUCGGAUUCAGCUUCUAUGGGAUUCUGCGGCUGCACAACUGCAAUUAUCAGUGAAUGUAGAUGGCAACGAAGCUACAGUAAAUGGACUGGGUGUUGUUCCACUUGUAUCGGAUCGCUACCGCCAUCUUCUUCUUACUAUGGACGCGUCAACAGGUGUGAUGACAGUUUCUAUCGGUUCUGUGGAGCUGAUUCGUGAAACGUUCGAAGCUGUAAAGAAUAACGGAAUCAACUUUUCUCCAAUCGCCUCGUUUGGUUACGGUACUCCUGCCACGGCUGCGUCAUGGGUUCCCUUCGCCAAUAUGACAUUGGGAGAUAUGUCUGUGUUCAGCGGCCGAAUUAUUGAUCAGUUUAAGGCAGAGUAUUUGUCGCAGUUUCGUGCACUCAUGAAGGAAGAUACGAAUGGGUGUAUCGUGGAUACAGAAACCGAGGAUCAUGCGUCAGCAUUCAAAGACGCGGAUGUUCACACAUUCUUCUUUUUCAAAAACGACAACAAUGCUGGAUUUUCAUUUAACAACGCAUCUGUGACUGACGGUGAAAGCACCAUCAACGAAUCCUUGUUUCUGCUCAAGUCACGCAAUGGGACUGGUCACAUCGAGCUGACAUCUAAAAGCUGGACGCAAGAAGAGGAAGAUAGCCAUUCUUGCGGUGCUCUGCAGAGUGCUGUCUUUACGUACCCAUCAACACCAUCUUCAAUGCUCAAGCAUUUUGCUAUGGGGCUUGUGUAUGGAAGUCAACCACCUGCCGGAACAGAGUUUGCUAUCGUCAACGAGGCUACUGGAGGUACGGUAGCAGUUUUUACUUCUCCUAUGCAUUUUGACACCAUAUGGUUCACUUACGGCAAUGGGUCGCUGAGCUUCCAGCUACGGGCUGGGGGAGGGUUCAAAGAUUUUUGUAUCGCAUCACUGAAUGGAUAUGAUGUGGGAAGUGCUCUUGCAGAUCCGCACGUGACAUACUACGAGCAAGAGUCCACCAUCACUUUUUACACUGGCAUUCGUGCAGGAGAUAUGGGAGCGUUAGUACCAGAGAAUGAACCUUGCUUUUCUCCUUUGGCUACCUACGAGCCAAUAGAACAUGUGGCAACAACCACUCCAGGAACUGGGUACUUCGUGUUUACAGUGAAAAACAAGGGUCCUGGUCGGUAUAUCUUUUGCCUUCACCCUCAGGAGUUACCUGCGCAAAAGCAUGCUGUUUCCCAGUGCGAUGCGGCUGAUACAUCGGGUACGUUUUUCUGCUCCAUGUUGCUUGCCCAUUUGCCUGGAAAUGCUAUUCCCCUUUCAAAUGGAUGGAUCAGGAAUUUGCUGCAUCUUGGAGAAUCGUACUACGAUUCGCUUCCACUUGCUGACCUGAAUGAAGAUCCUUUCACUUCCACAGGAGGAGAGUGGGGUCAGGAUCCUCAAUUUGGGGAUUCGUUGUAUACGAAUGGGAACCGUUACCUGUGGUCCCCGCUUGAAGUGGAAGAUGGUAGAUUUGCCCGGAACAAUCAAACACCGCCUCCUUUCUGGACACAGUACUUUGCAAUUGCCAUUUACAGCCCUUCUACACAAUCCACUGUGAUCACCGUGCGUUUCAACACCACAACACGCAUAUAUGUUGACGGCGUUGUACGCUUUGAAGGAUACACCUUUUUCCCUCAAAUCGCUUAUUCAGCAGUCUUUACCUUGGAGGAGGGGUGGCACCAGGUGAUUGUGAAGGUGGUUUACUCUGUUGCUGGCCGUGCUGCUCCUGAAAUGUCAAUUCGUUUUGACAACACACACAGUUUAAGUUGGAAUUACGUGAAGCCUAUGACCGAUUCCACUGACUGUAGUAAUGGGGACCGCAAUACUGCAUGCUUUGGUGAGACCAAUCCAACGGUUUCACAUCAAGAAUGUGUUGAAGCAGGUUGCUGCUAUAAAGAAGAUAACCCAAUCAAGUGUUAUACCCCCGGAAAGAUUCGCCCCUACCGUGCAGAUGGGCGGUGCGGACCUGGUGUUCCUAUUCCCUCAAGUGAUUUUGAGUUCGCUCAGUGCAACUUGCACAGUUGUUGUUCCAGUGGUUAUUGCGGCCGAAGCUACGCAAAUUGCACGUGCCCAGGCUGCACAGACCAUAAUUUUGUCCAAAAUCCACGAAAUCAGUACAUCCUUUGGGGAGAAGGAGCAAUCUGCUCUGGCUCUCGCAAUGUGCACAUUGGGGGUUUAGGCAAAGAUGUUUGUCAGUUACGGUGUAGCCGAGACGACAAAUGUGUGGCUUUUUCACAGGGCACACCCGAUCCAUACGGUAUUGCAGAUUGCUAUCUAUCGUACGGUGAUUGUACGACAACUGUGGAAGAUGCAAGAGCGAAGGUGACUUACCGCCGCCUGACUGUUGGUUGUGGCAUGACUACACCUGUGAAUGGCGGUUGCUCAGCACAAACUGAGGGUAUUACUCUGUAUGGUGAAGGCAUCGAGAUGGAAAGCUGCUUCAGAAGCUGCUCAUUAACAGCACAAUGUGCUGUCGCCGUUUAUGAUUCGAAGCAGGCGACCUGCUACUUUUCCAGUUUCAACUGCGCGAUUGAUCCAAAAGCAGACACCAUUAUGAGUCAUUUCCAGUGUAAUGGAGAGGAUACAAAACCCCCUGUCCCACUACCAGCUGUUCCUGUUCUGCCAAAUGCAACAUUGCUUGGAUGCUUUAAGGAUCCCGACCAUGUGUACUUUGCGCAGCCCCAGUACCCAGAAUACCCCAAUAACCAUUACGUGAAUAACUAUCUUGUGGUUUCUAAUGGGGAUAAGACUGCUUGCUUAAGACACUGCUUGGAAGUUGGUGCUCUCUACUUUGCUCUGACUGAUGGUGCCAUUUGUACUUGUGGAGUGUAUAACAAUGAGACCCUGCUCGAGCCAGAUGAUAGGGUAUGCGACAAGCCAUGUCUGAAUGGGGAUGUUGACAAGUGUGGUGGAACGGCUUCUGCCUCAGUGUAUAUAGUGGACACCUAUGCUGGCAUUUGUCAGUACGGGUACUCCUACUUUCAGGGCCAAUGCUUUAAGCUUGUGAAGGACAAGAUGUCAUGGAAUGAGUCACGAGGAUACUGUAACAGGGAAGGCACUACACUUGCGAGCAUUGCCAACGUGACACUGAGUCAAUAUCUCCUUUCUUUGGCUGGCGGUGANGCUGUAUGGGUCGGUGGACAUCGAAUCCAAUCUGGGGCCGGUAAUGCGUUUAGUUGGACGGACGCUUCAAUGUUUGACUUUACUGAUUGGCUCCCAUUUGAACCUAACGGCGAUAUUCCUGGUCAAAGGGAAGACUGCAUUUUGGCUCUUCCAUCCUACCCGACACCAUACCAAGGGUCUUGGAUGGACGCGGUGUGCACCACCCCCCAGGCGUUCGUGUGUAAAAUCGACCCUGUCGAAGGAUCCAUGCACCAGUAUUUGCACGUUGGUAAUGUUGGUGGUGAUCCACCACUACACUGCGCUCCGAAGGAAGAUUUUGCGCGCCAGACCCAAUCAUCCCUGGCUGGAUACUAUCUGCUGCACAAGGCGAAACUUCAUGACCUAAUCUUCGCUGACCAAAGUAACAAGAAUCACGAUAUUGAACUUAAAGGUACAACCAACCCAGGUUGGGCGAGUGGAGUAAAGGAUCCGGAGACCAUAAAAUUCAGCGGUACUUUUCAUAUUCAGGCAUCGAGUCUCUACAACUUGAAUUCGGGACCAUUUACCCUCGCAGCUUGGGUGAAACCAGAAAAUGAGAGCAUGUCCAAUAAGGUGUUACUCUCCAAGUCAUAUUCAAAGGAAAUCAACCCUGUGCUCCCUCUGUACGAGUGGGCCCUUGUUUUCGAUGACAGGGGAUUUCUUUGCUUUGUUCUGAGUUCAUACAAGGCCUGUGCCACGGUCGCGCUACCUCCAAACGAAUGGAUACAUGUCGCUGGGGUUUAUGACAGUGUAACAAUAAGCUUGUUCUUUAACGGUACCUUCGUCAAUAAGGUAACAGUGCCUUCAUCUGCUAUGGUGACAAGCAAUGAGACUUUCGUUGCCGUGGGUGGCGAGUACAGAGAACCAGCUACCUACGCAAACAAUUUUAUUGGUUUACUUGACGAUAUUCGCAUGUAUGAAGCUGCACUUGGGGCGUCGUUUGUAACGUAUCUCGCAAACUGUGAGGUUAUCGGCAGCCACGGAAACAUUUUACCCAUGUAUGAAAGACACAGUGAUGUGCUCGAUUUCAUGGGUGUUGGGUUUUCUCUUAAAGAAGGUGCUGUGCUAUCACCGGAGCCGUGCAGUGCCGGGGCUGAGGUAACAACUGCCAAAGUGAUGGUAAUCCCGUACACUGACUAUGCCGCUUUUUUCGUGGUUGACGCUGAAAUGAUCACUGGUGGGGAUUCAAUAUGGACGCGAAACCUGUGUGCUGUGAGCCAAGUAGAUUCCAACAUAAUUGUCGGUGAUCUCCAUUUCAAGGUUGCGAUUGUCUCCAUCACGACUAUCAUGAAUGUGUCCGCCUCAAAUGGCUUGAUCGAACUGAGUGAGAGCACAUCUUACCCGCUAAAGGUGAAAGUAACAGGACACAAUCUUGCGAAGGGUCAGAUACUGAUUCUUUCCUCAAAAUCAGACUGUUUGCAUGGGGGUACAUUAACCGUUACAGACGUUAAAGAAGACGGUACAAUUGGUGAGGUGGAACUCAAACAGGCACCAAGCGCUUCUAUGGUGUUCGUUUGCUGGGCAGCAGAUAGCUCCAAAGCAGGUAUUCGUACACCGUUCCGUAUUACCACAAGUCAAGAUGAAAAUACUGCCGUUAUAGACGGAUCGAAACAAAUCACCUCUUCAGUCAUCCGAAAUGGAUUUUACGAUAACGCAAGAAACUUUUUUAAACCAUGCCACACCUAUGAUGAGCUUGCAGACAAUUUCUACGUGACGGUCAGUAUGGGAGUUUUCAAGGAUGUAUUCAUUCCAGUUAAAGGUGAAACUGUUUGCAGUCUACUCACAUCGACUGGAACGGAUAGGUUUACCUAUUCGCGCUACGCACCCGAUGAAUUGCGUUUCACUGGAUGGGUGCACGUUGUACCCCCAUACCAGGAUCCCCCGGGUGCGAUGGGCGGCUCACCGAUUGGCUACAUGUGGGCUGCCCCACGCCAGGGCCUGUCGAUGUGGGGCACUAACUAUGCUUCAACCGCCCUUGGUGGCUGUUGCCAGUCGAAGGCAGGGGACAUCCCUGCAUGGGGACGAGCAUACACCCUCCAGGUUCACCCUAUAGAUGAAAAUACGGUGUGGCUGGACUGGGAGUACCCAAGGGCACUUUCUGCGGGUUACAGUUUAUACUUCCGUAUCGUCCUGCGAAACUUCAGGGGUGAGGUGCUGAAAGGCACGCAUCGAUUUCGCAUUGCGGUUGGACAAGACAUUCCUGUGGAAGUGGCGUCAGGUGAGAAUGGCGUUCUGGAGCGUUUCUAUUACAUGCCAGAUUCUGAAGAAGGGGAGUCUCUGAAGCUUACAGUCAUUCUCUUGGAGAAUGUGCUUCCAGCAAAUGGGAAUAAUAUGUCACGGACUCUCGUUGUGGACGCGCCAAUUCCGUCUCCAGGUGCUGCAUUGGAUGCCACUAAUCCGCUUCCCGGUAUGCUGCGCUUUGGCCCUCUGGAUGAGGGUAUUGUACCUCCACCUAACGUCGAUCCGUUCCAGCAUGACUGGUUCUUUGGUGUGGAACGUACCUUGCGCCCCACUGUUGGGAUGAGCAGCACUGCAGAGACUGGUCAUUCUGAAACUUACAUGAGUACGUGGCAGAUUGUGCAGGCAGACUCCAGUGGCACUAUCACAGUGAACGCAAGAAGUGGCACAUUGCAUUACUUUGCUUUUGCUGUGUACAUUUCUACUGCUGGAACUAUGACAGUUGGAGUAGAAUUCAGCGAAGACAUGGAGAUUUAUUGCGAUGGCCAACUCAUAUUUACGACCAAGUACAAUGACAAUGAGAAUACAUUUUUUCUUUCCUUCGGAUGGCAUCAAAUGCUUGUCAAAGCGUAUGCUGGAAAAGAGAAUGCACCAAUGAAAAUUCGAGUUAUGNCCUCUGGUGCUGGGUGGGCGUACAGUGUUCCACCUGUUUUUCCUCCCGGUACCAUAAUAUUAACGGAUGGCGAGCCGAUUUCGAGGGCCCUUCAACUUGGAGGUGAAGAUGAAUACGUAUACGGAAGCCCCAACUACGAUACGAUUGGAGACAUGAGUACGAUGCGGCCUCAUCCAGGUGACUUCACGUGGGAACGUCUUCAGUGGCUCCCUGCACAGGUGAACUAUGGACAAUGGAAAGUGGAAGGAGCAAAAGCAAAUGUGGGCUCAUAUGCGCUUCGUUAUAUUGCAUUUGCUUUGUACGCUUUGAGGGCUCAAAUGAUAACUUGGGUAUUGUACUGCCAUGGGCCUGCAACUGUAUGGGUGAACGGUGUGGUUGCUUUUCAGUGCCAGGAAAGCGAAACUACAAUCAGAGAAACAUGGCUACAGGAUUUAUCAGCUGGAUGGUACCAGAUGAUUGUUAAGAUCUCUGCUGUAUACCAGAAGUCAUGGCUAUUUUCAAUGACCCCUGUUAAUACUGAGAAUAUGAUUUUGGUGAGCUAUGCGAUAGGGUCAGAGUUGCCGAAUGACGUGAUGCAACUCAAGAGCCGUCAAAUCAUAACAGAGAUGUUGCUACUGCAGUCAUCGGAGGGGCGUGGCGAAUUCCUCUCGGAGAUUCCUAACCUUGGGAAUGAAGAUCCUUCCAGAGCGGACAUUGAUCUUACCCAGAAGAUAAGCCCUUUGAGUACGGUCGCGGUAAAUGUAUACGGGGAAAAGUACGUGGACUUUUCUUGGCAACCACAGAUACGCAUGGAUGGAACGUUCGGUAGCCUCACAGACAUCGUCGCAGGCAACUAUAAUCAGUACUACUCGUUUGCGCUGUACUCGACAGGUGUGGUUGGUAAGUUUUCUGUGAGCUACACAGGUGGGUUCAGUAUUUUCAUUGAUGGCACGUUUGCAUCUUCUGCAGAAGGUGGUACGAUUCAUCCGGUUCCAUUUAACUUGUCCAAGGGUUGGCAUACUGUGGUAUUCAAGCUCACCGCUCUUGAUAACUUCCUAUGGGUAGCUGACAGUGGUACAACGAGCUGGUCACAGGCGAUGUCAUCUUGCCAGAGUGGGGGUUAUUCCCAAAUUUGCAAUUUUGAUGCCAUAUGCCCCUAUAAUCUGAAACGCAAGACCCUUCCCGAUUUUACAGCGUCCUCAUUCGUUCCUAUCCUUCCCAACAACGCCGAUGCAAUCGAGGAUUAUGUGCAGAUAAACGCUGAUGGCGGCGACAAUACAUCGUUGUGUUUGACAUGGUCCGAAACACACAGAGGAGCAGGACCUCCAUGGGCUGAAGACACCGGAGCUAUCCCACAACGUCGUGGCUACACUUGCUGUGGAUUCAAUGAUGGUCCCAGAAUUGUCGUACAGACUCUCUACAACAGUGGAGAGCUCGGAUUAAGCCCGGCGGUACCGACAGGCACAUUGUCACCCCCGUCAGGCGAGGUGGACAACCCCUUUUCGACAGAGCAGAUGGUGACACUCUCGCAUCCAGAUGGAGCGGCUGAGAUUUUCUACGAUUUUACACUUGAGCUGAAGAAUACGACAAAGUACCGCGGUCCUUUUAUGAUCACCACAACUUCAACGGUCAUUUUCUGGGCGGUAAAGGGUGAGGAAAAGAGUUACAUCCAAUUUUUGCAGGUUGAAAUUCCACGCGUUCUUGUGUUGCAGCGCCGCACAUGCCCUGAGAAUUUGCCGUGCUCUAUUGAACUUGAGGGAACAGCCCCCGGGAAACACAUGGCAUUCGUCUGGGAGGAUGAACCCAACAUGGAUGCAUACAAACGCUACGCUACUGCCUCAGAGAUUCCUCGCAGUUCGCGUACUACUGGCAUUGUUACUGUGCAAUCGUAUUCAUACAUGUUUGUCCCUAUUCAAGGCCUCAACGCAGGGAUGUACGUUGUCUUCAACUACCCACUGGACGACUUGGGCCGGCGUCUUUCGAGCACUGUCCGUGUUGAUCCAUUACGUCUCUCCCCGUCAGAGGUGAUUGGCCACCAGGACACUACCUUCAAUGCUGAGGGGCUGGAGAAAUGGGACGGAAUGCUGUUCCUGGAGCAGUGGAGCGGCGGACCAGUGAGCUGCAAGACCUCGAACUGCAUUUCAGCCUUCGUGGGAUUCAUGCCGCAUGUGGGAGUGGUGACGGAAGACUCAAAGGUGAUGGUUGACCUGCAUGAGUUUUCAGGGAACAUUCACUGCCUUUGUGUCUGUGUGACAGGGUCGUUGAGGGAGAAAACUGAAGGAUACUUCUUUUUUGAUUCCGACUUCGUGAGCGCGGUGCCGGUUAACAUUAGCGUUACCGCUCCACCUACCCCAACAAAGGACACUGUUCAGUUUAUAUCACCGAAAUUCCCCCGCGAUGGUGAGGAAAUGAUUUUCGGGGGGUACUUCACCAGCAGCUCUCCGGUCACGUACAAUGUUCUAUUUCAACCGAAGCGUACAGACAACGCGGUGCGUCCACCGACUUGUCGUGUGAUGAGUGUGAAUCAGACGACACUUCUAUGCAGCGUCUCUGUAUCAGUGGGUACCUUCGGCAACUGGAGCAGUGAAAUGUACAAGGGUGAAGCGGCCGUGACUUACGCCGGAGCCGUGAACGAACUUGUUUUCUCCCCGCCGGAUCAAGCGGUUUCUGGAGCCUAUGGCGAGUGCGCCACGCGUAGCUCGGCUUGCGUGGAUGGCGCAGAGAUAACCUUCAUGGGCAUCAACUUUGAUCACCACCACCCAACACGCAACACUGUGCGUCUCGUGUCAGAAGGGCAGCGGAACAAGAGGACGUUGCAGCUCCACGGCCCCCGCCACGAGGCGUUGGACGAGGAGAAUCAGCCACGUUGCGUCACGGUAGCCGUGACAGAGACGACGUUGACAUGCCGGCUGGAAAACACUACCUUCGUACCAAUGCGCUCCAGCUACGGUGUUGAACUGAACCUUCGCCUGACAGACGACUUUUCUCGCCGCUACCCGACGAACGGGUCGCUGCUGCUGAAGGGCGGCGCGCUACCCGGCUGGUCAGGUGCGAUCGUGCCAACCCCGCCAAGCAAUGCCCCUGCGAGCGCCUCCAACAACAAACUGAUCAUUGCGCUUUGUGUCGUUAUUGGCGUUCUCGUCAUCAUGGGAAUUGCGGUGGCGUUGUGUGUGAAGUGCCGCUACAAUCUUCGGCGCAAGAGUGAUGGGGAGGAGGAGAUGUCGUUCAUGGAGGAGCAGCUGCUGCGGGCGGAGCAGGAAAGCACAGCCUCCCUGCGGCGUAAUAUGCUGAACUCACCGAUUCCACCCCUCAAGGAAGGCGAGCGGCAGCCGAGGCAGUCCACAAACUUGCUGAAUGAGCUGUAG